AUAAAAAGCAAAAGAAUCGGAAGUUUGAUUGGAUGGAGGAGAUAGUUCGAACGCUUCAAUUGCAUAAAUUACCGGCCAUCACUUUCGCUACUUCCCUUCUCUCUCUCUCUCUCGAUACGAUCCAUCAUCUCUCUUGUCUGAUCCACACAGUUGUUCUCAUUCUCUCACAUUUACAGAGAUCUGAGGGUUUUGCUUGCACCGGAGAUGGCUGAUUGAAAGGGGGAGGCAUUUUGUUUCGAUUGAGGAGGGGAGAGAGGGAGAGAGAGAUCUGAGGGCUUUUUGAAUAAAUUAGUGAGGGAGGGGGGAAAUGAGCGCAUCUCGGUUCAUAAAGUGCGUAACAGUAGGUGACGGAGCAGUGGGUAAAACCUGUUUGCUCAUUUCCUACACCAGCAACACUUUCCCUACGGAUUAUGUACCCACUGUUUUCGACAACUUUAGCGCUAAUGUGGUUGUUAACGGAGCCACUGUCAACCUUGGCUUGUGGGAUACCGCUGGGCAGGAAGAUUAUAACAGGUUAAGACCCUUGAGUUACCGCGGUGCUGACGUUUUCAUCUUAGCCUUCUCCCUCAUCAGUAAGGCUAGCUAUGAGAAUGUCUCCAAGAAGUGGAUCCCAGAGCUGGAGCACUAUGCCCCUGGUGUCCCUAUUGUUCUUGUUGGUACCAAACUAGAUCUUCGGGAUGACAAACAGUUCUUCGUUGACCACCCUGGUGCUGUACCUAUUACCAACGCUCAGGGAGAGGAACUGAAGAAGCUCAUUGGAGCUCCUGCAUACAUCGAGUGCAGUUCCAAAUCACAGGAGAUUCCUGAAGCUUGAGUAAUGAAAUGCAGAACGUGAAGGGGGUGUUUGAUGCAGCGAUCAGAGUGGUACUUCAGCCUCCAAAGCAGAAGAAAAAGAAGGGCAAAGCACAAAAGGCCUGCUCCAUUUUGUAACUUAUCUACGCUCAUAUCUCUCUCUUUCUCUUGUCUCUGUCACUCUCUAGUGAAGGCUUAAGAAGAAAAAAAAUCAUUGGGACUUAUAAAUGGUUCAGAGUUGGUUUGUGAUAAGCUUUUUUAAUCCUUAGUAAAACUCGGUUACUUCUUCUUUUUUACUGAUAAAUAGUUUCCUGCUUUA